AUGGCAAGUGAGGACACAAAGAAGAUACAAGAAAUGAAGACUGACCUGAACUUAUUAUUGGAGUGCCUGAAGUAUCAAAUGGACAACCCUUUCUCACAAAAGGAAGCUUUGGUCACUAUUCAUUCAAUUUGUCAACAAAACAGUAAUGCAGGUGUUUAUUUUCGGGAAAUUGGUGGUUUGAUGUUUAUAAAAAACCUUGCAAAGUCAAGUGAACAUAGCAUGGUAAAAGAAGCAGCCUUAUAUACAUUAGGAGCUGUUGCAGAACAAAGUGUUUACUGUCAGCAGACUUUGUGCACUUCAGAAUUGUUUGAAGACUUAACUUCGUUCUUAACUAAUAAUGAUUCAAACACAAAUUUGAAAAGAAUGACUGUCUAUGUUAUUUUGGUUCUAGUUUCAAAUAAUAGGAGUGGACAAACACUUGUAAGAGAGACUGGUUGUAUUACAGUUCUUACACAAUUGUUCAGGACAGUUCUUUCAAAAUAUGAGUUGAAUUUGUCGGAUAAAAAUACAUUCCAGAGCUAUCAGUUAUGGUCUUCAGUGUGUAGUACUUUGUGUGUCUGUGUUAACAAUCCUCAAAACGAUGAAAAUCAAAUGCUUUGCUGUUCACUUUUUCCACAUGCUAAUGACUGGCUAAUAAAUUGCAUCAAACCUGAGGUAAUUCGCCCUAUUUGUUCAUUUAUUGGACUGACUCUUGCAAAUAACACAUAUGUUCAGAAAUACUUUAUAUCUGUGGGUGGACUGGAUGUAUUGUCUCAAGUUCUUGUGCAACUGGAAUCAGAUUCACACAAGACUCUUUCCAGUGCUAAGCUUGCAGUGGUGGUGACAAAGACAGUGGAUGCGUGUAUUGCUGAUAAUCCUACUUUUGGAAUAAUACUAUCCAAGUAUCAGAUUGUUUCAAAACUUCUGACGUUACUGCUUCAUGAAAGUCUGGAUUCAGGAGAAAAAUUUAGCAUCAUACUUACUCUUGGUCAUUGCACAGAGGAUUGUGAGGAAAAUCAGUAUGAUCUUUUUAAAUACAAUGGUCUUCCACUCAUGAUACAAGCCUUAACUGAAUCACAGAAUGAGGAACUAAACAAAGCUGCCACUUUUGUGCUUCACAAUUGCAAAAAAAUUGCUGAGAAACUAUCUCUAAGUCUAGGAGAAUAUCCUUUUGGUGAAAAUGAAGAACAAUUAAAAUACAUAAAUACUAAAGAGAAGAAUUUUGAAGAGUACUGGAAAAAAGCAAAGGAACUUCUACACAGACUAGAACACCUUGAAAGAGAAAGAAAUGAGGAAGAAAUACAAAGAGAAAAAGAUAAGGAUAAUGUUUCAUCAGUGAACAUAGAUAUUCAAAACACAUUGAAACACCUCCAUGCAGAUAGUCUUGGCAGAGGUCCUACAGCAGAAGAUAAAGAUAAAAGCCAGUCUAGAAAGCUUCAGAGUUAUAAGUCCCAUGGAUGUGCAAAUGAUCACCAAAUGAAGACCCUGUUAAAGAGUGCAAAUCCAGUUGAUGCUUGUUAUAGGGAGAGUGUGCAAAAUAAGACUUUAUGUAAAGCCAAUUCAAGCUAUAAUCAAAAUUUACAUGGACAAACAACUUUUGAAGAAAAGAAUUCUGUUUCUCAAUCGAGUGACCAUGUUUUUAAACAUCCAAUUCCCAUCAAAAAUGGAAAGCCACAGUUGCCAUUAACAGAUCCAUUUACAUUAUGUUCAGAUAUAAUAGAUGAAGAAGCCAUCAGUUUUCUGGCAACAGACAAUCAUCCCAAAAUGUUAAAGUAUAGAUGCUCAGGUUGCAUAGCAGUAGGAAAAUCUCUGAAUAGCCGAAAUUUUAGCAAGCUCUUGCACUGUUGCCCAUACCAGUGUGAUCGUCAUAAAGUCAUUGUGGAAGCUGAAGACAGAUAUAAAAAUGAACUAAGGAAAUCACUUCUCUGUAACAAAAAAAUUCUGCUGACCCCACGUAGAAGACAACUCAGGAGUGAAUCUGCUACUUCUGAAAGAAUAAAAAAAAGAAGAAUUCGUAAAAACUUUACUGAAGAAGAAAUAAAUUACCUUUUCAAUGGAGUUAAGAAAAUGGGAAAUCAUUGGAAUUUAAUUUUGUGGUCUUUCCCCUUUCAGCAAGGACGGAAGGCUGUGGAUCUUGCUCACAAAUACCACAAGCUUACCAAACGCCCCAAGUGUGUAGCUCCUUGA